UCGACUAAAGAGCGUCACCUCAGAGCAGACGCUCUCUAACAGCCUCAGGUCUGCAGCAGGACUUCAGACUCUUGUCCACGAUGAACAGAAGAACUCAGCAGGAAAUGGAGGAAAUUAAAGAACAAGAAGAUGACUAUGUUAAUGCCUCAAGAGGCGCUGUGGAUAAAAAGAGAACCCGUCCAGGCCAGAGGUUUUUUCUUCUGAUAGCAGUGUGUUGGCUCAUACUGUUAGCCAUCAUGGGUCUCCGUAUCUACUUGACCUCUGGACUUUCUGAAGACAACGCCAAGCAGACUGCAGAAAUCCUGAACCUGAAAACACGAAACCAGGAGCUGGAGACUGAGAAGAAGAACUUGAAACAGCAAAUACAAGACAUGACAACAACCUGGAAAGAGCUCAACGUUAGUCGAGCUCAGUGGAGCAUCGAUUCCUACUGCUUAGGAAACACCGAUGAAAAGUGUCAACCUUGUCAGAAGGGCUGGAGACUCACUGGUCUCAGCUGCAAUGCGUAUAAUAACCCUCCUUCUUCUGGACGAAAAACCUGGGAAGAAGCUCGAGAAGACUGCAAAGGAAAGAAUUCCGAUUUGGCUGUUGCACAUAAUCCUGCUGAAAAGGAAGCAAUCAAUACUGGAUACUGGAUUGGUCUGAGAGUUGAAGAUGGGAAAUGGAAGUGGGUGGAUGGAAGUGAUCUGACUGAUAGCUCCUGGAUACCAGUUCCUGUUGACGGUCGCUGUGCAGUGUUUUACAAGGGCAGAUACAUAUGGUCAUCACUGAGCUGUGGUGACCACAAACAAUGGAUCUGCCAGAAGAAGGCUUUAACUUUAUCUGUUUAAACAGGGCAGUCAUAUAAGAAGGUUUCUGGAAACUCUUUGAAAAAAAGAUGAAUUACUUGUGAAUAAUGUUAUUCUAUUGUGUUAGAGAUGCAACGCUUAAACUCUGCAGAUUAUUGCAAAGAUUAUGGACCAUUUUAUUUGAUUAAUUCCACCGGCCAACAGAGGGCGCUGCAUCACUUGUUCUCAAUACAAUGUUCCAGAGUCUGUUUAAUAACUAUUUUUCAAGAUUCAAAGGUUUAUUGUCAUGACAUUUAGAAACUACGGUGUAAUUAUGUAAUGUAUAAAAAAUGUGAUCGCAGGUUCCUUAACAGUGCAAUUAACAAGACAUAAGAAAUACAUAUAAAAACAACAAUACAAAUAUAAAUAGUGCAAGCUCAGGUGUUUAAUAGUCUUAUGGCCAGUGGGAUGAAACUGUCCCUGAUACUAUUCUGAUGACGCACACUUUAUGGAUGAUUUCUAUCUAUCUGUAUUUUUAUCUCUGAGCAAUGUCUUGUUUUACUCUGUUGUCACCAGUGAAUAAAUGUGCUGCCACACA